UAACUAUACAGUCGUUAUAAAUACAACGCACCCAUUAGCUUCAACAAGUCUAGAAUUUUCCUUGGACUUGAUUUUCCACAGCUUUUUCUUCUACUAUGAAAGCUAUUCUACUUUUUGCGCUUGUUCUCUGCGUUGCUUCGGCGUAUGUGGCGCGGGUCGCAGAUGACGUAAACGACAAAUCUCCUUUUUGCGAGGUUUGCCUAGAUCUGGUCAAAGAGAUGAAAGAUGCCCUAAAACAGGGUAAACAACUGAAGGAGAUUGCUCAUAAAUUCUGCAGCGAAAAAAUGCCAGAUCAUCUCAAAGCGGUAUGCCACAUAGAGGUGGAUAUAUACUGGAAGAAAAUCAUGGAAAUGAUAGAGAAAAACGUUGAUGCCGAAAAGAUCUGCCAGACGUUCCAUCUUUGCUAGUCAAAUCUAGCCACCCUUCAACCUGUCUCAAAAUCUUCAUAACCGCGAUGUGUAAAUAUUGUUCAUAUAAUUAAUCUUGUACAUGUCUAAUAAAUAUUUAGCAGGUCUCA